CGGAAAGAUGAAGAAGCUGAACUACGUUAACCCUUAUACGUGGGAGAGCGAAAGUGCCGCCAGGAAAGGGAAGAACAAGCGUCGCGGCCCUCCAGGCAUGACUGCAAUGGAUAGAAGCAUAAACAAAAUGCAGAAACUUAACAAGGGCUGGGAAAAAGAAAGAGAAGAACGUGAAGCGGAGUUCCGACUCCGCUGCAAGCUUCCGGAGCGAGAUGUUUCCCUGGAACCUUUUACGGAGCAGCCAUUCGGCGCGUUAUAUGAUCCUGAUAAUGAUGGUGGCCUCUGUGGUCUCAGCCAAGAAGUUGCUUCAGAAUUGUCUUCCAAUGUUGUCGCCAUUGCUUUGUUUGAUGGGGAUGUUAUGUUGUUUGCAUGCACUGGAAUCACUCUUCCAGACCGGACACUUUACCUCGAAAGAUUUGUAACUUCAGCACAUCUGGCUGAAGUUUUCAAUCAGAGGAGAAAUAAAGAAGACGAUCUGAAUAUUAAAGUGCGCGUUCCAAGCAAGGAAACUUUCCGUGGGUUCCUGGAACUAUAUGAUCAAGAUAUUGCUAUUGUUACGUCCAUACAAGGCUGGAGGGUCUCUCCUGUAGAUCUGGAUCCUCAGGAGGGUGAUUUUCAGAAUACAUGUCUGCCUGCUCCUACUGAGAUUGUAGCUGUUGGGCGUUCCUUCGGCUUGUGUGGUUUGAUGGCCACGCCAGGGACACUGACUAACCAACUUGAAAGUACAAUUUCUGGUUGUUGUACCACUGAGGCUGCACUUGGAGGACCACUUGUUGAUCUUGCUGGGAACUUUCUUGGGAUGAACAUUCAUUGUGGCAGUGCAAACACGUGUUUCAUGCCUCGACGUGCAAUUUUCCAACGUGUGUACCAAUUUAGAUUACUCAAUCCUACAGAUAUGCAAGGAGGCAAUUACGCUAGGAAGGAAUGCAGGAAUGAUCCAAGCCCACAAUGUGCAGGCAGCUCGACUGGAGAAACCGAAACGAGUAGCCAUGUAUACUCCAUGCCUCCCGGUGCAAAAAAGAUACAACCCUCAGGAUUUCUGAGAAGCUUAGAUGUGCUUACCCGCCUGGGCUAUCCUGAGCCACCACCACUUAUGCUCGAACUGAAUGGGAAAUUGAUUAAUAAGUUUGAAGAGGAUUUUGGUUACUUACAUGCUUGGAGCGGGUAUGAAUACAAUCUUGAUUUUUGUGGUGUUGGGAUAAAUGCAUGGGCGAGACUUGACGCGAAGACAAUUACAACAAUAUCCCGACGCGUUGUCUCACUUUCUUCGUACUAUGGAGGCAUCAGGUUUUUUUCAUGCACAGGCUUGCUCAUAAAGUAUGGUGCAAACACAGAAACUGGCGGUAGAAGACGCACUGUUAUUCUGACUUCAGCCAGUUUGGUUAGAACUUGUGACAAACCAGACACAAUUGAUGGGAAUUUGAGGAUUGAGGUGUUUCUCCCGCCGAAACAACAUGCCGUUGGAAAACUGGAAUCAUAUGACUCGCAUCAUAAUAUCGCUAUUAUCAGUUUUGAGGGUUUGCGUGCUACUUGUCCAGAAGACAUUUUCCAUGUUAAAAGCUGUGAGUUGAAACCUGAACAUGUAGUAGCUGUAGGGCGUGAGCCUGAUGAAGGAUUAUUGUGUGCCUCCACCGGCAAACUGACUGGUGAGCCUAUCAUGUCUCUUCCUUGCAAGCACCUUAAGUUGUCCACUUGUAAAAUCAAGAAGGCUGGGAUUGGAGGGCCCCUUAUUAAUUUCAAAAAUGGGAGCUUUAUUGGUAUGAACUUCUAUGAUGGAAAAACCAGAGGAACUCCUUUCCUGCCAAGAAGUACAAUUUUAGAAGUUUUAAGUCGGCUGGAGCUCAUGUCGGAAAGUGUUAUAGAGGGAGGAAGCGGCCAUCUAGUCGCCAUAUCGGAUGGCCAAGCUGAAAUGAGCAACACAAAUCGAUGGCCCGUGCCCCAGGCAUAUUGGUAUAAUAGUAUGCUGAAAGAGGAUUGGGAUAAAGGAAGCAAGUUCAUGGAAGGGAACCCCACUAGCUGAAGAGCUCUUGUGUAUUGGGGUUUUCAUUCACCUCACCACAAAUUUAUUUGAUGUCAAGAAUAAUCCGUCCGGCUGUCAUUCAGCUGAAGACCACAAAAUGCAUGAUACAACCAGGCGGCAGAUGGAUUACCUACUUGUCAAGAUUAGGGAAAAGACCUCGCGCGCAUACCGCACGCGGUCUGUGUGGAUGGACUCGUAUAUAUAGGUGCAGGCUGAAGAGAAGAGAGGUGCAGGGAAAUCUCGACUGUGCACUUCUAUACUUGCUGGGAGGGAUUGGGUAUAGAAUGGAUGGAUGAGAUGUGAAGUGGCACGGAUCAACCAUAGAAUGGACAGAUGAGAUGUGUAAUGGCGCGGAUAGGUGCCAUGGAAAGGUCAGCAGUGUGAAUAAACUAGGCAAG